GCGAAUCCCUUGUCUGCAGAGGAGCAUGAGAUGUGUCUGUCUGCAUUCCUGCAUUUUGUAGCCUAUGUGCAUUUUGGAGGAAAGGGACAGCUAUUCUGGGCCCUCUUCCUCCCCAGCCCCAAAACACCGCUUCUUGUUUUUCCGAGCCAGGACAUGAAAGCGUGCCUCCAUCCUCGCCUGGAGGGAGCGCGGAGCAUCUUCCCAGCCGCUCCUCGCUGAGCGACCGAGCAAGGGAGGCGAGGACGAGGCGGCCAAGUCAACCUGGGCGCCGGGCCAAGUGGCAGCUGCUUUUGCCUCCGUCGCUGGAGGAAAUAAAUCCGGGUUUGUGGAAUGAGGAUGGGAAGAGCCGGAGAGCAGCAUCUCCCUCCCUCGGCGCCCCGCAAAGGAAGGUAGCCAAUCUCGGGGAAGGAAGGAAGGUAGCAGUCCCAGCAGAGGAAUGCAGAGAGACUGCGGAGGAAGCGAGCCGAGCAGCCCUCCCUCGCCCCAGAGGGAGCCUGGAACCAGCGACACGGAAAGCUUCAGCUGCUGGAGCCGAGGAAUGCAGAAAUUUGCCCAGAGGAGGAGAGGAGCCAAGAGCUGAAAACGAAAGCAGGGCAUCCGCAGUCGGAGGAAGUGGGCGCACGCUGGAUUGUGGCGCAAAAGGGACACGACGACACCCACUUUAUCCUUCUUUGGAAAGCUGCUCCCUCGUGGAGGUUGCCCCGGGUGCAAGAGGGCGGGCAGACCCCUUGAAAGAGGGCUGAACCAUGCUGGCAGCCCGAGAAGCAGCUGCGCUCUACCAGACGGACUUCGUGCGCAAUGCCAGGGCGGUGGGCGCUCUCUGGGCUGGCUGCACCCUCUGCUUUGGCGUCCUGGAGGUCGUGGUCCUGAUCCAGCCGGCGUGGGUGCAGACAGCGCCGCUCACCUACCAGCUGCCCCCCUCCGGGGUCCUUUUCGACCCCAGCGUCAGCGCCGUGGGCUCCUUCGGCCUCUACCAAGUCUGCAAGGAGCGGGAUGGCACCCUCCAGUGCGAGGGGUCACUGGUCACCCUCACCCCGAUCCCAUCCUUCAAGGCAGCCGCGGUCUUUGUCCUGAUGGCCCUGGUCCUGGUGAUGGGCAGUGUGGCUUCCUUGGGCCUCUUCUGGGUCUGCAGCCCAGGGACUGUCUACAAGGUGUGUGCCUGGCAGCAGCUUUCAGCAGGUGAGAGAGAAGGUGCCUCUCAGUGGGAGCAAAUGGCAGCUUUCCUGGGUGCGAUGAGAGCAGGCAGGCCUGGGCUACCUUCUUUUAGAAAGGAAUGGGUGGGAGGGCAAUAAAUUCAUAGAAUCAAAGAAUCUUUGAUUUGGAAGGGACCCAGGAGUCAUCUGGUCCAAACCCCUGAA